AUGUGCGUAAACGAUCAAUUUAUAUUCCAUAACCUACUAUAUCACCCGAACUACAACGUGGGGAGCGGUGCCUAUCCCCACGAUAUUGCCCUUCUAGAGCUGACCUCUGACGCUGACUUGUCGGGAACCAACAAGGCCAUCGAACUGGCAACUACGGGCGAGAACUUUGAUCGCCAAGCAUGUGAGAUCAGUGGAUGGGGACAUACAGUCACCGGCACUCAGCCGAACAAACAGAUUCCUGAUCAGCUACAGGAGACAGACGGUGUCAUCAUGACGAACAGCGAGUGCACGUCAUCCUGGGGCACCAAUUACGCUGCAAGUGUUCACAUCUGCAUCGAUAACAGGAACACUGGAACAUGUCAGGGUGACAGUGGUGGCCCGACAGUGUGCUUCCGUGGCUCAACCCCCGUGCUGGCUGGUGUGACCUCCUGGGGCGUGUCUGGGUGUGGCACCACGUACCCCAGCGUGUACGCCAGAGUGUCCACGUACAGGUUGUGGCUCGACACGACCAUGGGCAUUUAAAUCGGCCGGCGAAUGGCUUUGUUUGAAACUUUGCAAAGCUAUCAAUAAAACAAAUGCAUCCAUAUAACGUUGUGUUUUUGUUCUAACAUUAUUAAACGUAGCAAAAAAUAACGGUAAACAUACUAGAGAAUAUUGUAAAGUUAUUCUGGUUUGGCGGUGAAAAUGUAUUUAGAAACCAAGUUACUUAAAAUAAAAAUAAAAUAAAUAAACAA